AUGCGGCAGGCGGUAGAUGCCAGCGGGUGCAUCCUCUUGAAAGAUGCAGCUGCAGCACGUUUUGCGAGCUGCACCGCUCUGCAGUCCGUCAACUUCGGGAGAUGUCGCCUGCUGACGGACAGGGCCGCGGAGCACCUGGCGCGCUGCGCUUGUCUGCAAUCCGUUGACUUCAGGGGAUGCUUCGAGCUGACGGACAGGGCCGCGGAGCACCUGGCGCGCUGCGCCGCUCUGCAAUCCGUCAACUUCGGGGCAUGUAACAAGCUGACGGACAGGGCCGCGGAGCACCUGGCGGCCGCGGAGCACCUGGCGCGCUGCGCCGCUCUGCAAUCCGUCAACUUCUGGGGAUGUGACAAGCUGACGGACAGGGCCGCGGAGCACCUGGGCCGCGGAGCACCUGGCGCGCUGCCCUUGUCUGCAAUCCGUCAACUUCAGGGGAUGUGA